UUAUGAGAAGGGAAGGAAAGAAGAAGAAGUGUCUGGGCCUUGGAGGGGAUUGUAUUCCAAAAAUAACCGCUGAUUGAUGAAAAGAUCACGCUGAUCAAUCGAUUCAGCUACUUUCUUCACUUCCUUCCUCUCAGAAGCGCAGACUCAACAUCGAUUCUUCUAUUCUUUCUACUCUACAAUGGAUUCCUCUCCUUUUCUCGACGGAAACAUACACAGAAUUCUCGAUUCUCGAUACCUUCACUCUCGCCCUGAUGUUAAUCAGAGUUUGCAGACACACUCCUCUUUGAUUCGAAGACUUUCUCAAGAAAAAGAGUUAGAGGGACAUCUUGGUUGUGUCAAUGCUAUUGCUUGGAAUUCAAAAGGUUCAUUAUUGGUAUCCGGAUCAGAUGAUACACGGAUCAAUGUUUGGAGCUAUGCUGGUCAGAAACUAGUGCAUUCAAUUGACACCGGACAUACUGCAAAUAUAUUCUGUACUAAGUUCAUACCAGAAACAUCUGAUGAGCUUGUAGCCUCUGGGGCGGGAGAUGCUGAAGUUCGGUUAUUCAAUAGGUCUCGCGUAAGUGGCAAUGGACUUAAUGAUAAUCCCAUUACUCCAUCAGCACUUUACCAAUGCCACACUCGUAGGGUCAAGAAAUUGGCUGUUGAAAAUGGAAAUCCCAAUGUGGUAUGGAGUGCCAGUGAAGAUGGAACCUUAAGACAACAUGAUUUUCGGGAAGGCACCUCUUGUCCUCCUGCAGGAUCUCCACGCCAAGAGUGUCACAAUGUUCUACUUGACUUACGGAAUGGAGCUAAAAGAUCCCUUGGUGAUCCUCCUAAACAAGUCCUUGCUUUAAAAUCUUUCGAUAUUAGUUCAACUAGACCUCAUUUGCUCCUUGUUGGUGGGAGUGAUGCCUUUGCACGUCUGUAUGAUAGAAGGAUGCUACCACCUCUAAGCUCCUGUGGAAAAAGAAUGCCUCCACCUCCUUGUGUUAAUUAUUUUUGUCCAAUGCACCUUUCUGAUCGUGGACAUCCAAGUUUGCACUUAACUCAUGUUACAUUUAGUCCUGAUGGAUCUGAGGUUCUCCUGAGCUAUAGCGGAGAGCAUGUUUACUUGAUGAAUGUAAAUCAUGCUGGUGUGAAUGAGGUGCAAUAUAGUUCAGGAGAUGUUUCAAAGCUGAUGACUUACUCUCCAAGCGUUAAUGGGUUAGAAUUACAGCCUUUUGUUUCCAAUGUCUUCACAAAUGGUUUUCACACUAAAAAGAACAUCACUGCCAAGCUUGACAAGUGUAGGAAACUAAUAAAAUAUGGUAAGAAGUCAUUGGACGAGGGGGCACCCUAUUAUGGAAUUGAGGCAUGUAAUGAAGUUUUGAUUGGCUACAAUCAUAUUAUUGGACCUGCACUAAAACAGGAAUGCUUGUGUACUCGUGCUGCACUAUUGCUUAAGAGGAAGUGGAAAAACGAUGCUCAUAUGGCUAUAAGAGACUGCCAUGCUGCUAGGAAAUUUGAUAAAUCCGCAUAUAAACCACUUUACUACAUGUCAGAAGCAUUGUCUCAGUUGGGGAAACACAAAGAAGCUUUGGAUUUUGCUGUUGCUUCCCACUCGCUGGCCCCAUCCAAAUCUGAAGUUGCUGAAAGAGUGGAGAAUGCGAAGAAGGAUAUAGUUUUAGCUGAAACUGAGAAAAAUAGUAAGACAAAUAAUGGAAGAGGUGGAAGAAUGUUAUCAUUAAGUGACAUUCUCUACCGGUCAGAGGCUAAUAGUGAUACUUCACAAGAUGGUCAGAGAUCUGACAGGGAUGAUUCUGAUUAUGAGGAGGAAAUGGAGUUGGACUUUGAAACAUCAGUAUCUGGUGACGAGGAACAUGAUUCUGAUUCAAAUAUUCUUCACCGCAGUUUGAAUCUUAGAAUUCAUCGAAGAGGUGACUCGAGAGAAAAUGUUGAAGCAAGUGGCUCGGACGAAUCACCCUCAUCAUCAUCAUCAUCACAGAAUGGUAGAGCUUCAUACCAGCCCGAAGCAGCUAUUGAUAUGAAGCAGAGGUUUAUUGGGCACUGCAAUGUGGGGACUGAUAUAAAACAGGCUAAUUUUCUUGGUCAAAAAGGUGAAUAUGUUGCCAGCGGUAGUGAUGAUGGCAGAUGGUUUAUUUGGGAAAAGCGGACUGGAAGACUCAUGAAAUUGCUGAGUGGCGAUGAAUCUGUUGUAAAUUGCGUACAAUGUCAUCCAUUUGAUUUUGUUGUGGCAACAAGUGGGAUUGAUAACACAAUAAAGAUAUGGACUCCAAGUGCUCCUGUUGCAUCUUCUGUAGCUGGUGGUUCUGCAGGACCAGAAACUGGUGAUGUGUUGGGUGCUAUGGAGAACAAUCAACAAAAGUUAUCCCGUAAUAGGGAUUCAAUGCUGCCCUUUGAGCUCUUAGAACCAUUUAGAAUGCAUGAGUUUCCUGAAGGAUCACUACGCUUGCGACCUUUUGAAUGUGCCCAAACCUAAAGAUUCACCGAUUUUCACCUGCUGGUGCUAUGUUCGGCGGUACUUGUGAAUCUGGAUUGAGAUGAUUCAGAUGGGGAGCCAAGCAUGGAGACAUUUUAAAGAGAAUAAGUUGAAACAUGGAAAGUAAAUUAUGGGUAUUAUCUGGAAUUUCUUGUUCAAGUAAACAAGUAUUUUCCUGAACUUAUCUACAACAAUAGUGUUGAUUUUUUAAAAAGGUGUACAGAUUUACCGAUUGCCAUGUUUUCUGAUAUACUGUGUAUAGGUGUUUGGUGGCCCCUGAAUUAAAAAUAGUUAAUUAGAUUUAAUGUAUGUAUAUAUAGCGUUUUGUAGUUUAAACGUGAAUAUUAUAGCAACUUAAUAUGCUUGCACUUAAAGUUUCUAACUAUAGUCCCUUAUUGUUUGGAAGACAGAACUUUGCAUU